AUGCCCCCCCUGGUCGUGGCCAGAACGCUGCCAUCCCCCGCCGAGCUGGUAGCCAUGGGAGAUCCGCCGCCUCCGCAGCCGGGGCGCCACCGCCAGCAGGUGGUCGGCGCCGAGGAAGGGCCGGCGGAGCCGGGCCUGGCGGACCUGGGGCCACGGGCGGAGCGCCUGGCGGACUUGCGCACCGUGCGGGUCGGGCUGGACCUCCGCUACAAGGACCUGGAGGAUCGUCGGAGGCGCGUCCACGACACGCAGCGGAAGCUGAACGAGAAGAUCGAUGCGUACGCCGCGCUGCGGUGCGGCCUCCAGGCCGAGCUGGGCGGGCUCGGGCGGGCAGGCGAGGCCCUCGGCGCCAGCCUCGACGAGCAGGGCCGGCAGCUGCAGCGGCAGGCGGAGCUGCUGCGCAGCGAGCGCCUCGCUCGCGACACGCUGCGCGACGAGGCCCAGCGGCUCCGCGAGCUGGCCCUGAGCCAGCCCGUCCGCGAGGGCGCGGCGGCGCUGGAGGCGGGCCUGGCCGCGCGGCGUCCGGCGUCCGGCGCCUUCGGCAGCCCUGCGCAGAGGGCGCAUCGGGGCGCGCGCCGCUGUUGCCCCCGAAGACGCAGGACUCUUCGGCGAUGUCCGCGAGUGCAGGCCCUACGGUGCCGCGUGGCCUGGCGGGGCCCUCAGGUGACGGACGGCCCUCGUGAACGCGAGGAGAGUGGCGACUUCGGGAUUUGGUGGUCCACCUGA